CCCUACGAGUAUGGCCCGAGCCCACCAACACCACGGACGUUCGUUCAUUCAUGGGGUUGGCGGGCUACUAUCAGCGAUUCAUCACCGGAUACUCCAGGAUUGCUGCACCUAUGACGAGGUUACAGUUGCCAAAGGUGCCAUUCGUAUUCGAUGACGACGCACGCCGAUCAUUCCAAGCACUUAAGACGGCUAUGCUCAUGACACCCGUCCUUAGCAUCUAUGACCCCACCCUGCCGACGCGAGUGACUACGGACGCUUCCGGCUAUGGCAUUGGGGCAGUCUUGGAACAACACGACGACGACGACUGGCACCCUGUGGAGUAUUUCAGCCACAAAGUGCCUCCCAUCAACUCGCUCGAUGAUGCAAGGAAGAAGGAUCUGCUCGCAUUCGUGAUGGCUCUCAAACGCUGGCGGCACUUCCUCCUUGGGCGUCGUAGGUUCACAUGGAUCACAGACAACAAUCCAUUGACCUACUACAAGACGCAGGACACGGUGAGCAGCACGAUCAGACGAUGGAUGUACUUCAUCGACCGAUUUGACUUCACACCGAAGCAUGUCCCCGGCCUCUCCAAUCGCGCAGCAGAUGCACUCUCGCGAAGACCUGAUCUUUGCGCUAUGACACAUCAUGCCUUCACAUUCGACGAGGAGCUUCAGCGACACUUCAUCCGGGCAUAUCAGUCUGAUCCGGACUUCGACACGCUCUAUGCACAGCUAUCUUCGGAUCACCCGUCGGCCAGCCAUUACCGCAUUGCCGACGGGUACUUGCUCCUCCACUCGAGAGGCAAGGACUUACUAUGUAUCCCAGGCGAUCGUCGUCUUCAGACUCGCCUCCUCGGCGAGUACCAUGAUUCACGACUCGCUAGCCAUUUCGGAGUCAACCGCACUAUUGCACGGCUUCGACAGCGAUUCCGAUGGUCCGACCUCAUUACCGAUGUCACUCGGUAUUGCGACUCUUGCGAAGUUUGCCGACGAAGCAAGCCCCGCAACCGCAAUCCCUACGGCAAGUUACACCCGAUGCCUAUCCAACGGGAACCCGGUCUCUCCAUUGCCAUGGACAUCACCGGUCCGUUUCCUCGCGGCCGGCUCGGGCACGACGGCAUCCUCACGGUUGUGGACCAAUUGAGGAAGGAGGUGCUGGGAAGAUUGGCACCGAUGCCUAUGCGAUUGACUUGUGUUCUGUCACGUCAGUAUUGCGAGUUGGCCUUUUUUCAAUUUUCUAUAAACAUGGAUUUUCACCACGUGGCAGGGUAGGAGGUGCAGUGGCGUUAGGCAUCCGGGUUGUAGAUGUAGUUUGUUUUGCUCUCCUGCUACGUGGGGAUAUUGCUUUGAAUUUGUCUGCAAUAGGGCUUUCCUCCACUUGAGUGGUUUGUAGUUAAUUAGGAUCGUGGGGGAAGCUCAAUAUAACUACUGAUAAACUGCAAAAACGUUU